AGGAAGGUUACUGGCAGUGUGUGGAAGUGUCACAUGAGCAUAAUGAAAUGGAGUGGAGCGGUAGCUGGGGGGCAUCUUUUAAACGACAUUCAUUCUCCUAGACUAUACGACGUUGAAAGUUCUACGCGAAAGGCAUAUUUAAUUCGUUUAAUUUAAUUUUUAUCCGGGUAUGAUGGAUAUUAUUCUAUACUCAGCCAGGUACUACUGAGCCUCAGUGAGGUAGUUGCCUAGGCUAGACGCCGGUUCUUGGUUCCGUUUCGGUAGUUACACUUACUUAGUUUGUUCAGCGCACAGUUUGUACAGCAGUUUGUACACCGGCAGUAGUUACUGUACAGCAGUAAAUUGAAGUUUGUACAGCGGUUCGCGGCCAUGUUCCGGCGCGCCGUGACGGCUCUCUGUUACACUGCGGCUCGUGCGCUUCUAGCUCUCCGCCCACAUGUUCACCGGCAUCUGCCUUCCGUUAGAACGGCACCGCUCCUAGGGUUCAACCUCGACAGCCGCUGGUCUGUUACGAUGACGUGGCCGUUCUCGUCAUUCCAGCCCCAUGACUACAGCCUCCCCAACCCUUCUUGGAGUCCAGAGAUGAUGAGGCUGUAUGAUCAUUACAACAGCUUGUGUGAGCAAGAGGGAGGAGGGAAGAGCAAGGCGCCAUGGGUCAGAAUGCCCAGCUACAACCGCUUGCUCAAGUACGCCAAAGGGGGGCAGUGCCUCAGUAAGAUGGUGCAGGCGAAGGCUCGCCUCUUCACCCGAAACAUGAAAGAGGAAGGUGCUUCCUUUGAGUAUGUUGUCUUCCUAAAUAAGCAGGAAAAGAUGUGCACAUGUAUCUUCCAGGCGGGACAUCUUCUGGAGGGACCUCCAGGAUAUGUCCAUGGAGGAGCGAUAGCCACCAUCAUUGAUACUGUGGCAGGGGCUCUUACUACGUACCUGGGUGGACUUGUCAUGACUGCAAACCUCACCAUCAAUUACCGCAGCCCCAUUCCCCUGGGAAGUGUGGUACUGGUUCACUCUCUCCUUGAGAAGAUGGAGGAACGAAAGAUUUUAAUCUUCUGUCAAGUGACGAGCUCUGACGGCUCCAAGCUGCACACAGAGGCCACAGGGCUGUUCCUAUCAAUCAGUCUGGGACACCUGAUUGGAGGAUAAUACAACAAAAGGACUACAGCAAGUCAUAGCAUCUAUCACUCAACGUUGACACUGCUUUGAGGCAUGUCUACCCUCGUUGAGUGGAUGUUUGUAUGACCAAAAUUCCCCUACAGUAUUUAAAACAAUAUCUAAUCUAUUUAUCUAGUUAUUCAGUGAUUGGGGCAGUGGGUGGUAUAGUGGUUAGAAAUGUCACCUUGCAAUGUGAUGGUUCCUGGUUCAAAACCCACUCCUGCUGUAUUGCUCUUGAUGAAAGUACUUGUGUUAAAUUGCUUCAGUAAGAAUACCUUGCUGUAUUAUUGGGUGAAAUUAUGAACUGUAAGACUGUGUAGGCUAAACACGGAAUAGUACAAGUGAUAAUGACUAAUUCUGGGUGCCUAACACUUUGUUUACUCUUGUAUAGGUGUUACUCGACUUUCAGUCAGUACUGCCUCAGCAACUAUCACUACUGUACAAACAAACUUUUUAAUUGUACUGUUUUCUGUAAUUAUUUUUAGCAUUACACUUUGAAGGUCUGCAGCAUUUUUUAAAAUAACUGAAUAUAGGUAUACUCU